UCUGCUAUCCAUUACGCGGCCUGGAUUAAAGGAGGAAGUGGACGUCCUAGGAGUAACACGGAGCUAACGAAGCUAACAGAGACAACAACCCGUCCUCAAACAAACACAACUGCUUUUUCCGUCGUGGUUUCUCUUCAGACAGCUUGCCUCUUAUAUAAAACAGCUCGUCUUUAACACGUUUGUGCCCACGGAGGAGGGCAGGCUGCUGUCAUGUGUAGCAGGCCGGUUGCAUUAGGAGGAUCUUGCUUCCUCCAGGCGGAUGAAGUCGGUGAGACUCGCUAGUUGCGCCUGAGUGAGCUCCUCUCCUCUCAGCGCCGUUGCUGCUUCACAAGUCGGCUGUUGUGGUUCAGACAACUCGGGGAAUGGCGAUGCACAACACCGGAGUGUCCCAGGACCCCUCACAGGGUGCAGGGGAAGGAGCCGAGCUGGUGCACAGAUUAUCCAAAGAGACCCCUGGGUCUCCAGACGCCUCUGAGCUUGGGAGCCCGCGGUGUACACAGCACUUUGAUCUCCUCAACAUGGUUGUGUCCUAUAAGAGAAUGGCCCUGUUUCUAGAACCGGUCACAGAUGCAGUGGAGCUGAUGCGCUUCCUGCUCGGAUGGAAGAUGCCUGUGUGCUCUCUGCUGGCCUGUGUAUUCCUCAAUGUCUUCUUCUGCACUGUGACUGAAGUGGGUUGGUUUACACUGGGUGUGUUGGCGCUGUCGGUGCCUGCGGCCCUGGGUUACCUGCAGGACAGGUGUGGGGGCCGAGCCUCAGAAGCUGAGCUGCAGAAGAAACAUUUUCAUGCAGUGCAGCGCAGAGACCUGCAGACGGUGCACCUCACCAAACAGGAGGCCAUGCUGGAAGUCAAAGACCUGUUGAAGCACCUGGACGACAUGUUGUCAUCUGCCUGUCUGUCAGCUGAGGCAAUUUACAAGGUCCUGUACUGGGAUAAUCACACCAAGUCAUCAAGGUUUUAUGGCGGGGUGUUAAUCCUGGUGUGUCUGCUGUACGCCGCUCCAGUGGGCUGGCUACUCGCCGGGCUCAACAGCACCAUCUUCCUGUGGAACAGAGACUUCUGCAGAGUUUUGAUGGACCUUCGGAAGCUCACCCACAUGGGACAGACCGUGGCCUUGGAGGGGACGGCGGAGGACCAGGAACUGUGCAACUUACUGGACAGGACGCCCACACCAACAAGUCUGGAGGACCUGUCUCCUGGCAGUGUGGAGGAAGCUGAGGAGGCGGAGCCUGAUGAUGAAUUUAAAGAUGCUAUUGAGGAGCAUUCAUUGUCCCUGCAGGAAACCCCUCUGGUCUUAGUGGAGGAUGAUGAAGGGCCCCUCGGUGCACCCGAAUAUGACACCAUCUCUGAAAAUGGUCUCUUGAGCCGCAACGAGCCGAUACGCGCCAAGGUCUCCAAACUGACCGAGAAACUGCGUAAACGCUACCCCACCACCAGCGCAGGCAACUGUUCGAACUGUAAUGCCGUCUUCUCCGUGCUGAAGAAAAGGAGGAGCUGCAGUAACUGUGGCAACAGCUUCUGCUCUCGAUGCUGCUCCUUCAAGGUGCUGAGGUCUUGCAUGGGAGCAACAGCUCCAGAGGCCCAGAGAGAGACAGUGUUUGUUUGUGCUGCCUGUAAUUCCUCUCUCAUCAAGUUGCAGUGAGCUGGCGUGUCUCCAGCUGGAGAUGAUUCUCUCUUUUCCCCCUGAAGCUUACUCCAAGUCACUGAAACCCUCUCAUGCCUUGGUUCUUUUUUAAGCUAAGGCACUUUGACUUCCUGUCAAAAUACCUCCUAAGUUGAACUCCAACGCCCCCCACCCACCACCUUGCCUUGACCCGUUUCAUCCCUCCUAGGAGCUAUAUAUGUGUAUCUUAUCAGACUUCUUCUGUAAUAUGUUAAAUAUCUCCUCGUUCAUCUCUUUAAAUGAAGAACUGGACCUAAUGACUCAAUGCUACUUUCUACAGAGCACAAUGGCUCCAAAAUCAAAGGACCUUUUUCCUUUUGCUGAGUAGAGGGAAGUGCAAAGCUUGCAGGUUGGAGGCCAGCUUGAGUUGGUGGUGUCAGCUGAGACAAAUCAUGUUGAAGGCUGUCAAUGGUUCUGCUUUCUCAUGCUUUGCAACGAGACGAAGCUGAUUUCACUUGAAUGUUGAUUUCUUCAGCCCCGUGUAGCAGAUGAACUCUACUGUAAUGCUGAGAGGACUUUACAUUUGUCAACUGAUGGACUGAGCGGAGGACGGCAGUUUGAUUUUAGGCUUGUUGUGAUGAAAAGAUGGAUGCACAACCGCAAGAAGAUUUUAAUUUGUCAUUGUCUGAUAACCAGAGUUGGUGCAGGCCUGUCAGUCAAACUUGUCCGAACUUUUGCCGCUCUGUUUACUGUCCACCAACUCAGUUAUACCUGCAGCUCUUCAGCAAUUUCAUUCAAUUAGUUCUGGGUUUGUCACCAUUUUUAGGGAUUUUUCGUUCUCAUUUAGCUUCAGGUUUUACCUUAUGUCUCAUUUUGUUCAUCACAACCUUGAGUCGGUAAAUGUAGGGGCAUUUUCUCAGAGCGUCAUGUUCAAGAGCACAAAGGAGUUUUUAGAAAGCUCACCUACUUGAGUUUUUGUUUUCUUACCUGGUGUUCCCACCAGCUGGAGGAGCUCACGAGACAUAAUGGGAACAGAUGUGACGUGUUAGAGAAGCUAUGAUGACUGUAUGGCAGUACAUGAAUAGAGCACAGUGAAUCAUGUUACAUUUUGGAUGAGUUGCCCGUGAUGGGGUUCUGAAGUGCCGUGAACAACACGUUUUCUAAUGGACCAUUUUGGUCAAAAUCAGUCGGAUCAAAUUUGUGUUUCAUUUCUGUGUCAUUUUUCUUGUGACAAGAUUUUUUGGAGUGAAAUCGCAACCAGUAAAAAAAGUUAAAAAAAUCUAACUGCAGGAUGUCCCUGGAGCCUGCGCUUAUCCUCUCCCUUGAUCAACGUCGACCCAACUGGAAUAAAAUCUGUCGUCAGAGCCUCACACUCCUCCAAGCGGGACUUAGAAGAAUUCAUGUGGAGGCAUUAUAAUCCAAAAUUUGGACCUUGGUGGUAAAGUUGUUUUAAUCAUGUUUCAGACACUGAUGAUUGUAACUGUUUGCUUUGCUUUUAUUGUAAUCAUAUAUAAGCUAUGACUAUAAAAUGUUCUACUAUAUCUAAUAUAUUUAAUUUAAAUUCUAGCAAGUGCAAAAACAUAUGUCACCUAAUUCAUUCUGUAAAUAUUGCCCUUAUUUUAAGGAUGGAAAAUGCCAUUAUGAAAUAAACUCUGUGAUGGUUUGAGAACCUUUAAGCCAAAAA